CCUAGCACCUCCUAUAUAACUUCUCUCUCGUGCUACUUCGCCUCUUUCUCGAGCCUAACCCUCACGCGCGCCGCCACAGCCGCCGCCGCCGCGCCUCGCUUGCUUUCCCGUCGCCAAGAUGACUAAGCGCACCAAGAAGGCCGGAAUUGUUGGCAAAUAUGGAACCAGGUAUGGUGCUAGCUUGCGUAAGCAGAUCAAGAAGAUGGAGGUAUCUCAGCAUUCCAAGUACUUUUGCGAGUUCUGUGGGAAGUUUGCUGUGAAGAGGAAAGCAGUUGGAAUUUGGGGAUGCAAGGACUGUGGGAAGGUCAAGGCUGGCGGUGCUUACACCAUGAACACUGCUAGUGCAGUCACUGUCAGGAGCACAAUCCGUCGCUUGAGGGAGCAGACUGAAGCAUGAUUUAGCUUGUUAUAUCAGGGUUCUCUAGUUGCUCUUGUCAGGCAUGUUGGGGUUCUCUUGUGGAAUCACUGUACUGGCUGUUGGCCGAGAUACUACUCCAGCAUUUUUGGUUUAUGCUCUAGGAUCUCUAAAAGUUGGGUGCUAAGAUUUGUACUUGGUUACCAUUAUGAAUUUAACAAGUGAUAUUUGAUCCUUUGCCUGUCUUAA